AUGGAAACCAAAGAGAGAGAAGAGGAAAACAGAGACAAGAAUACCACUGAAGAAAAACUUGUACAGGAACUCCCACUCCUCCCCUUAGAUGACCUUGUCGUCUUUCCGUAUAUGCCGCCGGUGCCACCAUUUCCGCCACAUCACGUCGCACUCUCCGGAAAAAUGGCAACUGCAGCGGUUGAAUACGCUAUGAAGAAUGAGAGAGUGCUUUGCAUUUUUCGCCCGAAAAAGGAUCUCUCUAAAGAGGAUAUUAAGGAUCUUAAAAAGAGUAACCUCAGUCCGAUCGGGAGCUUGAUACACAUCCUCCGCUACAAAACUGACGAUGAGGAUGUGUUGUUUCUUGCACAUGGACGCGAACGCGUCCAAAUCGAGGAGAUUUUGCACACAGAACCUUUCGUCAAGGUUCGGGUUAAUGUUGUGAGUAGUGAUAAUGAGGAUCCUAUUGGUAACCCAGAAAUGGACUUGGAGGUGGAGGCACUCGUCCGCAGCAACGAUGAAAUGUUUCAGCGCAUUGUGCAGAUGUCAACGCGCUACCAAGAGGAAUACGGCAGUCUAACCAAGACAAUGAUUGAUGAACCGGGUCGUCUCGCCGACUACAUCGCUGCUAUGUUGGAUUUAAAGCCGAACGACAAACAGCGCAUUUUGGAGGCGGUAUCUAUCCAUGAACGGUUGAAUACACUCGCCGUCAUACUCGCGAAAGAACUCGAUCUCCAUGAAUUAGAAAGCAAAAUCCAAAAUAACGCGCAAGCCGUCAUUAACAAAGGACAGCGUGAAUACUAUCUCAAGGAACAACUCAAAGCAAUUCAGACCGAACUUGGUGAAUCGGAUGACCUCGGACUUGAAAUUGAUGAGAUGCGGGAGCAACUGAAAGAAAUUGAAAUGCCCGAUAAAGCGAAGCAAGCAGCGGAAAAAGAACUGAAACGACUUUCUAAAAUGCAGUCUUUCUCGCCUGAAUCAACUGUUUCUCGAAACUAUAUGGAUUGGCUGUUAAAUCUUCCUUGGUGUGUCAGCACAGAAGAUGCUUUAGAUCUCACCGCGGCACAAGAGAUCCUUGAUACAGAUCACUACGAUUUGGAAAAAGUCAAAGAGCGGAUUUUGGAGUAUCUUGCUGUCCGCAUGCUCAAAGCCGAUAUGAAGGGACCCAUCUUCUGUUUCGUUGGCCCGCCCGGUGUCGGAAAAACCUCCCUCGGUAGGUCUAUCGCACGCGCAAUGAACCGAAAAUUUGUACGUAUCUCGUUAGGCGGUAUGCACGAUGAAGCCGAAAUUCGCGGACAUCGACGCACUUACAUCGGUUCAAUGCCGGGGCGAAUCCUCAAAGGGAUCCGACAGGCUGAGUCGAACAAUCCUGUCUUUAUGCUUGAUGAGAUUGACAAACUCGGCUCUGAUUUUCGGGGUGACCCUGCUUCCGCACUUCUGGAAGUCCUUGAUCCGGAACAGAAUCACUCAUUUACGGACAACUAUCUUGAUGUCCCGUUUAAUCUUUCAAAGGUGAUGUUUGUCACGACAGCAAAUCAACUCCACACCAUUCCACCGGCCUUACGUGACCGGAUGGAGACUAUAGAACUUCCCGGCUACACUGCUAACGAGAAGCAGAUUAUCGCCAAACAGUAUCUGAUACCGCGUCAAUUGAAAGAGAAUGGAUUGGACGAUGAGUUGAUUAAGAUCAAGGAUACCGCAAUUGACAAAGUAAUCAGCGAGUAUACUCGCGAGGCGGGUGUGCGAAAUUUAGAGCGAGAACUCGGUACCCUCUGCCGAAAAGUCGCACGUCGUGUUGCCGAGGGGAAUACCGAGCCAACAACCAUCACGACGAAGGACAUCCAAGGGUAUUUGGGACCAGAAAAGUUCGAGUCUGAAAUCGCGAGUCGUAAAGCCGACAUCGGUGUUGUGACGGGGCUUUCUGUCACACCUGCAGGUGGUGAGAUUCUCUUCAUUGAGGUAGCUGCUAUCAAGAAGGCCAAUACCCGUACGGAACUUCAUAUUACCGGCCAGAUCGGCGAAGUCAUGCGGGAAUCCGCACAGGCAGCCCUCAGUUACGUCAAAUCUCAGGCUAAGGAACUUAAGUUUGAUCCGAAUGUAUUAGAAAGCGACAUCCAUAUCCAUGUGCCAGCAGGAGCAAUCCCUAAGGACGGUCCUUCGGCUGGUAUUACAAUCGCGACUGCACUCGCUUCAAUUGCCACACAGCAACAUAUCAGUCCUGAAAUCGCUAUGACAGGUGAACUUACGCUCAGGGGAAGGGUGCUACCUAUCGGCGGCGUGAAGGAAAAAAUCCUUGCCGCGAAGCAAGCGGGCAUCAAGAAAGUCAUCAUGCCAGAAGGCAACAAAAAACACUUUAUUGAAGUCCCGAAAGAUAUUCAAGCCGGUGUUGAGUUUCUAUUCGUAGAACAUGUAACCGAAGUUUUCACGGAGGUAUUCUCAUGA